GAGAGUUUUAGGAGGCGCCUAAAUACUAGACAAUUGGUGUCUCGUGCGGCAUCGUUGGCGAUAGGCGAUUCCGCAGCGACGUACGCAAAUCCACUCGACGGUCGUCGAGGUAAUGCACCCGCUCAAGCAGACCAACGCGCAGGAAUGCAGGCCCGAGAGUUCGGGCCAUGGGGCAAGAUCGGCGGGUUUCACCAACACGCCGACGACCGUGUUGUUCUGCAGCUUGGUCGACAUACCGGUGCCGCGAAGCUGAUCUGAAUGGGAUCCGUGCUAUUUUCGGCUCAGUUGAUCUAGCGCGGGAUGUGCGCGUUUCGCUGGUGAGGGCGUCGGGCCCUACUUCAUUGACGAGCGCGAUGCGUGGCGUGUUCGAGGCAAUAGCGUCGCCGUUCGGAGAAGUGCGUCUGUCGCCCGAGCAGGUGUUCUACAUGGCUCUGGCGCAGCGCCUCUUCAUGACGAACAUCAUCAUGAAUUUUCCACUCUAUUACAUGCCACCGUUCAAGUACUGGUGCGGCGGCGAUGGCAACAACGCGAAGUUCCCAUGUAGCAUCUCCUGGAUGAUUCGGAAGGGGGCUCCGCGCUGCUCGACGUUUUGCACGUGGCUGCCGGGAUGGGUGUUUCUUCUGUAUGCGGCUUUCCUGCAUGAGCAAAGCAACGCACUGGGUAUACAAGCGCUUGUGCUAUCAAUGUUCGUCUCUGGAUUUAUCACGUGCAUUGCAUUUCCGAUUCGUGAAGACAUCCCGAUGGGGUCCCAUGACACGGUGCAUGAUAUAGGUGCCAUGGUAUACGUUGCUCACCAUUUACUAUUGAGUGAGUGGUUUCUUGGUGUGGAUUGCCUUUUUGGCUCAAACUUGCAUGGAUUGGGAUUCACAGUGAACACCCUCGUGUGCGCUGCCGUUCAGCAUUUACGCAAGAACGACAACCGACUUGCGCGACAUCUGUAUGGCAGGUGGUUUUGCGGUUCGCCGGCGCAGAUCAGAUACGACAGCUACCUGUACAUUAUUGAGCUCGUGUUUGCAGUCACCGAGAACUGCCUGUUCAUCUUCUUUGUUUCCGGGAUGUCCUCGGGAUCGGCAGUGGGCAGUUGAGACGGGCGCGCACCUCGCAGGACGCGAUGCUGCCCGGGGCCUCCGCUCACAGCGCCCGCCUGCCGAGCCGCGUCGACUCCCCGACGAGCGAGGCCGCGUGGGGCCGACUGGGCGACCUCCCCGCCCCCUCGGGCUGCCCGUGUCCGCCAAUCGCCCCUCCCCCUCCCCGCGCCCCCAGAGACCCCCACGGAUGGAGUCCUCCAGCCCGACAGCGGCUCGUCGUUUAUCUUCAUCAUCGUCAUCGUCUUCGCCAUCAGCAGCAUCAUUCUUGGCACCGGUUCCUGGGGACCUCUUGGUGAGCUCCUCAUGACCCAGCACUGCGUGAGUCCGCGUGCUGCUUGCCCAGUUUGCGACCAGUGCCACUGUCAGAUCCGAGCCAUAGUGCUCAGUGGCGCUGCCCCCCUUGUUGCAUUUCAAGGCUGUCGCAGGGUGAGGCAGGGACAGGAUGGCGGCACACCUGGUGCGCGG